AUGGAAGACAGCGGAGGAGAAAAGAUGUUGCCGGUGGCACUGAAAGGUACGAUCUCAGUUUGGUUCGUCGCUACAUUACAUUCAGCUCACCACAUUUCAGAACAAACUGGCAGCAUCGACCCACCCAGGAAGUCACUUGGAGAUUCAGGUUCAUCCUCGGGUCUCGAAGUCACCCCGUCGCCACCACACUCUCCAAUCAAACCCCUUGCUGGUGUAGAUGGCACCGUCACAGAAACUAGAACUGAGGGACGCGUCGGCAGGGCGAUUGAGCCACAAGCCGCGGCAGAGAUACAAUUUUCUGAAGAAGAAGAGAGAAUCGCAGACGAACAUUGCGCAGCUCUGUUAUGCGGGAACCUGCUCGACCUUUUCGACAGUCAAGUCGCCCCUCUAGAGGCCAUACUAGCCAAGGAUAGUGAUGAGUUGCAGGAAUUGGAAAAGAGAACUCAGGUACUAGAUGCGCAGUUGACUCGUUUGAUGCAGCUGGGGGAGACGGAAAGAGAACAACUCGGCGUUCAGAUUGAUAUCAAGUCGUUGGACAAUUUGGCUGAACUCAAAUCAGAAGUGAAAUUGGCUGCAGAUAGACUAGUUUCGACAAGGGCUAUGAUCAGCACGCUCAAGUUCUCUUUUGUCAGGGACGCUGCAGCAGCAGCUAUACAGGGCUAUAACGCCAGGAAGAUCGAAGAUGUCAUGGAAUCAAUCGCGAAAACGGAGGCAAACAUUCAGGAUAGAGCGGCCGAUCUGAGCCAGCGGAAAAAACAGCGUGAGAAGACGAUAAUAGAGAUCAGCGAACUAAAGCUGCUGAGGAGAAGUAAAGAAGAGGGAGCCUUUGAUGGGAAUGAGGUUUUGGCUCUCGGCCAGCUGGUGGCGGCAAUGGGAAUUGUUGUUGUCGUCGAGGAAGAGGAUCCAAACGGAGGAGAGCCCUUCUAG